AAUAAACAGGUCUGGGGGUGCUUGAUAUGCCAGAUUUCUUGAAAUCCUGCUUCAAAUAUGCCUUACUGAAAUCAAUAUUUUGAAGUACACAUGCGGUAAAGGAUGCAUGCAGACACAAAAUGGAUACAAGUGAUCAUAGCAGUUAUCAUCAAAAGGCUUUAGAAAAGAUAUGUAGACUAUGUGGAGAAAAGACAACAGUAUAUAGAAAAAAAUACAAGCCAUUGUCAAUUACAAAAGUACAAGAAUCAAUUCAAAAAGCAAUUCCCGGAUUGAAAUUUGAUAAUGACAAUCCAUUGUACCAUCCUGCAAACAUAUGCCAGAAGUGUUACAAUUGUGCUAAACAUUAUCAGUAUAAGGAUGUAUUUAAUUCAAAUUUGAAGGACAAAAUCACCAACAUAAAUGAAAAAUGGAUAUAUCCCAAAGAAGCCACAAGAGAAAAGUGUGCAAUAUGUAUAAAUUAUAGUGACAAUAAAUGUCUCAAGCCGAACAAAAGAAAAUAUUCAGAAAUUGCAUUGGAUACAUCGGAAAUUAGCUUUAAUGAAAAUGACAUUUCUGAUCAACACAGAAGCACCCCUAAAAAACAGAAAACACCCAAUAAGCCCACUAAUAGGAGUAUUGACCUGGGUAUGACACCUGGACGUGGCCGUGAUCAAAGUAUCAGGGAGUUAUUCAAGAAACCUAUUAAUGAAAGAUUAUCUGUACUUGAAGAACAGCUAUUGACAUUCCUUGUGAAAAGAAAAUUAAAAGCCCAUAAUGACCCUGAAGAGCUCAUUGUAAACAACAAAAGAGGAAAGGUAAUUAUCUUAUUGUGAUAUUCACUUAAUCCCCAUUGAGAUAGUACUUGUAAUUAUCUAUGCUUAAUUGCCGCAUCAACCCCUUACAAGGUAUUUUCUUUA